AUGACGUCUCUCCAGAAACAGCUCGCGGCCAUCGCCGCCACGAGCACACACCAAUUGGAUCUCAAAGCACAGAAGCUCGCCCAUGGCAAAUCAUUGCUCUUCGAACCCCGGAUCGCCGCUUCGCAGACUUUCGAAAAUAUCUAUCUUAUCUGCUAUGAAGGCUUCCGGGAUCUUUGCGCGCUGGAUCCGCGCUUCGUGCAGUUUUCGCGAAACCUGUUCAGCGAGCAGAGUAAAGUGGAAGACCGGACACAGAUGACGCAGCAAGAAAAUGAGAAGCUGGACGAGGUGUUGGAGACAUUUAUUACCAUGGUCGGCCCACGAUUGCUACUGAAGCCCGCCGAGAAAGCGCUGGAUUGGUUGGUCAGAAGAUUCCGCAUUCAUGAGUACAACACAGAAAGCCUCGUAAUGACAUACCUACCAUACCACGAUACCCCGCAGUUCCUUGCGCUGCUAUCUAUAUUACCAUCAAAUCCAAAGCCGGCAUGGCGGUUCCUUCAUCCUUACAUACAACCUCCCACCAACCCACCGCGCCGGGUCAUCGUUUACACUGCGACAAACACACCGACGUUUUUCGAAGCGCUGCAGAACUAUAUCAUGAGAGUGCUAAAGGCCGGUCACCAGGGACCCAGCUUGCUUACAUUUUGGUCUAGCGUGACCACCCAAGCAAUUGAUGGUAUCCUUGACCACACUACCGGACGUAAAGAGGUGCAGGACCAAAGGACGGAGGGCCUACUUUUGCGAGUCUUGCGGGUACUCAAUGUGUGCAUGAGAGGGUCAAACGGUACGGAUGCCGUUAUCGCGUGUUACAUGAUCGUUAUCGUGUUGGUGACGAAGUCCUCUUUGGAGGACAAGGUUCUGAAUUCGAUCAUGGAGGCCGUCACCCUUAGUCGCGAUGAUGACACAUCAGACGCAUGCUUAAUGUGUUUGGCUGUCAUUGCCGAAGAAAGGACACAUGUGCAAUUGCCAGUACCAGUAGCAAAGAGGUUAUCGAAGACUCCAGAUCUAGCCCGAACCUUGAUCUCGCUUUCACGACAAUGUCGCGUGGACCGUCUUGCCCUGGGCUGCGCCUUGGCUAGCCUGGACGGUAUCGCUGAGAGCGAUGAGAAACAGCAGUCUUUCAAGAAUAUCAUCGAGGCGAAUUUGCUCGAUGACCCGCAGUUGUCGGUAGCGCUGUCGGGUCUGUUACAGAUCGCUCAAAAUAGCGAACGCAGCUCGCCCCAGCAUACCCAAUUGAUUGACUUUGCUUCGACACUGAGCGAAAAUUCCAGCACAGCCCGCGUCAUCAACAAAGUUGCCCAGCAACACGCGAUCGACCUCGAAUCAUUAGGGCUGAUUGUCGGUUCCUCUCUCACCGUCGAUGAAAGCGCCGAUAUAGAAGACGAAGACGAAGACGAAGACAUGUUGGAUGCCGAAGAUGAUGAGCAUACUGAUGCCUCCUUAAUCUUGCCACCUGAGAUUUCAGAAGCGAGCUUCCUGAGCGUGCAAUCCGCACAGUCUUUCCGAGGCACGCUUUCUCUAUUCGAACGAGCUGUCGCGUUGAAUCGAACCAAACAUUUCUUAGGAGCGCCCGCUCUCCAACGCAAAUCGGCCUUUAGCAAGCCUCUUUUCUUUAGCUUCCUGGCUCGAGUGUGGUGCAGCUCUGCAUCCGUUAAAGCUCGAGCUGCAGCUCUUCGCGCAGCCAUCUCUCUUAUCAGAGAAGAGCAAAAGCCGAUCAAUCUGCAACACAUGGUUCCAUACCUCUUGUUUGCGCUUGCGGAUCCUUCUGCCAUUAUUCGUCGGUCUGCAGCUGCGUGCGCUUCUGCGCUCUCGACUUCAAAGCCUGCAAGCAAAGUUUGGGCUUCCUCUGAUUUAUACGGCACUGCUUUUCCGAAGUCAGCACAGCUCUCUGCGGAGCAGCUAUCGGAGUUUCUCACCGCCUAUCUCGUCCCGGUCCUCGAAGAAUGCGCCAUGGAUGCCAACUUCCUCAUCACAAGUGCUGAGGAGGCAUUGGAAGGAUCGCACUCAAAGAUUGGGAAGCGUGGACUGAAGAGUGCCACGCGAAGUCCUGUCGCCGCAUUUCUAGCCACGCAUACAGCUUCCUCGCCUCUACUCGAUUUACGUCUUCGUCUCCUUCCCCUGUUUCAUUCGUCAGCUAAAGCUUAUACUGGCCUCCGCAAAGACACCCUACUGCCAAUGUUGCGCGCCUGGAGCUCAAGUUCGGAAGUAGACCUUGCAAAGCAUUUGCAAGGUAACCCCGAUGAAUUUGCGGAUGCCGAUCGAGCACACCUUGCUGCACUUUUGCCAAGAGAGCACGAGAGUGUGCAACUGGCGCAAGACAUCAUCUCCGGUCGUACCAACAAGGAACGGACACGGCUUGUGGAAAGAGCCUUCGACUGGCUGAAUGCCAAUUUUGGAAAGAUGAAGGCUGAAGCGCGCCUGGAAGUUGGCCAGCGUCUGUUGGAAUUGUCACUUCAGGAGAACGAGACGGGAUUUGAGGCUCUAUCCCGUGGUCGGGCGCUUGAGACUCUUCGCAAUGUUCGAUUGGACACCGAAACGCUCGUCAUCUUCAUCGAAAGCGUUCCAUCGUCGCUGCAACUGGCUGAGGGACCUCCCACGAAGAAGAGAAGAAGGACCAGUCGUAAUGAAAUGGCACGUGCAGAAUUCCAAACCCCGGACGAUAUUUCCAGAGUUCUUCGAAGGCUCACGCUGGUUUUGGAACUAAUCGAAAGUUCCAGUCCUGUUGAACACACCGCCCUGUUCAAAAAUCUGUUCACGGUCCUUGAUGAUCUCCAACAGUUGAAGCAGCAGUCGGGGUCCGAUUUGGUCUACCUUCAAAGCUUGAUCUUCAGUUCCUUAACGCCCAUGGUCAACCGGCUUAAAGAAGAGGAAAAUUCCUCUCAAGCUCAAGCCGCAGUGCGCGCCGACAUCCUUAUCGAUUGCAUACGCCAUUCCACAAGUCCUCAAGUACAAAACGCGGCCUUGCUACUCAUAGGAAGCCUGGCUUCAUGGGUUCCGGAGAUGAUCCUGCAUAAUUUAAUGCCCAUUUUCACAUUCAUUGGAAGCUCGCUGCUUCGCCAACAGGACGACUACUCUGCUCAUGUCGUGGACCAGACCAUCUCGCGCGUUGUUCCCCAACUGGCUUCUUCGUUAAGAUCAAAACACAAGAACUUUCUUAUCGGCGUCGCUGAUCUAUUAUUGAGCUUCACGGCGGCAUUUGAACAUAUCCCAUCGCAUCGACGACUAAAGCUGUUUUCCGAGCUCGCCCGGACGCUUGGUCCCAAUGAUUCCCUUCCGGCCAUCGUCGCGCUACUGGUCGACAGAUAUCCAAACAACAAGAUACAACGCAGAUUCUCAACCGAUUUGAUCAUGUCUUUCGAACCGCUCACAGCCCUCGAAACUUUCAAGGGCUACCUUAACUUGAUCGAGGAGGCUGCCGGUACGAAACAUCAGCGCAAGAUUUCCGAGACCUUGUUCAGCUUCAACGAUAAGUCCCCUACCGAUAUCGAGCAAACCCUAAAUAACCUACUUGCAUCCUUCGCAGACCUUGUUUCUGAGGAAAGGCUGAAGAGCCAUGCUACUAGAGCGUUCACACGUAGUAGAGACCCUGCCGUCCCUCGAACAGUCUUUGCAUCCGUUGUUGAGACCGUCAUCAGAAUCUCGAAGUAUGUAAAGCAUCAACCAAAGCUAUACCAUAGCUGCAGCCGCGUGCUUGGGAAGUGCCUGGAUCUCUUACCAACACCUGAUCUAAUUAAGUCUACCGAGCUCUUAUUGGCAAAACAAGACCGAGAAGUUCAGAUUGCCGCUAUUAAGUCGGUUGAAGUCCGAGCAAGCACGGUCUUCCAGAACGACAAGUCGUCGGUCUCCUCACUUCUGGAAUUCCUUCCUCACCUUGAUGGUCUCCUACAGCAAGCUGGCGAUGCGGAUGUAAAACGAAUCGCCAUCAGUUGCAUUGAUAGCAUUGUCGGCAGAUUUGGCAAGAGAGACACGUCAACUGUUGCUGCGGUAGCCGAAACGGUCGCAGGGUCACAAGCUCUAUCAAACAACGACGACCAGACUCGCAUCCUAUCACUGUUGUGCUUGACAUCAAUGAUUGAUGUUUUGGAAGAUGAGGCAAUCUCUCUGCUACCGACUAUCCUACCCGUGGCUUUUGAGUAUCUCGGAGCCGCUAUCGAAGAAGAAAACACGUCUCUGCACAAUGCUGUCUACACGAUGUUGGCUAACAUAGUCCAACGACUUGGUUUCAUAUUUUCGGGGGAUUACCUGAUCCCUGUGCUCAAGCUCUCUCAACAAUCAGCAGCAGGUGAUCUUGGUGAGGAGUGCGAUGAGGAGCGAAGGCAAUUCUUCGAAAAAUUAUCACAGCACCUGGAAGCACAAGAGGUCUUCUCUGCUAUCAAGUCGACGUGGGCUGAUGGUCUACAACAGGGCCCCGAGGCGGUAGAAGAGGAGCUGAAGUUGAUGCGGGCCACCAUUGAAAUUCGCACGAAACCUCAACUUGUAAAAGCCAGUUCAACGCUUUUUGGCCUGUUGUUGCACAUGUUCAAGCUCAGAGAUAGUGUUGCCGAUAAUGAGGACUACGAAGACGAAGAAGUCGAACAACUAGAAGAGAACCUCGUAGAAACGGUCAUUGCUAUGACCUUGAAGCUCAACGAUCAGACUUUCCGCCCGUUCUUCGCGCAGUUGGUGGAUCAAGCAGCUUCGUCCUCGACCACAUUCUACAAGUUCGCUGCCGCGUUCUUCGACAAGUUUAAAGGCAUUGCAACGCAAUAUUCGAGCUACAUCAUCGAUUGUGCAUCCAAGCUGCUCACUUCACUUGUACAAGACGAGGAAGAAUCUGAGCUCCGCACCGCCGUACUCCGUGCCCUACAAAGGACCUUCGAGCACGACCAAGAGGGCUUCUGGCAAGCACCCGACCACUUUGGCGCUAUCAUGGAACCCCUCCUGGCUCAACUCACCAUCUCCGCCACCGGACAAAUUACAACUGAUGUGAUUCCCACCAUCACUGAACUCGCGUCGUCGUCAUCCUCAUCUACGGACAAUCAUCGCGAGAUGAAUACGGUGUUGCUCAAGUACAUGCGCGCUGAGGAGGCGCAUACAAGGCUAGCGACCAUCAAGUGCGAGCAGGCCCUAACAGAACGACUGGGCGAAGAGUGGCUAGGUCUAUUACCCGAGAUGCUACCGUUCAUUAGUGAGGCGAGGGAGGAUGAUGAUGAGAUGGUGGAGAGGGAGACACAGCGGUGGAUUAGCAAGAUUGAGGAGAAGUUGGGCGAGGAUUUGGACGCCUUGUUGCAAUGA